CGGCUAUUAUUGAUGCAACACGCCUUGCCGUUACGAGAGUAUCACGCUAUUGAGAUUCCACGACGUCCACAUGCGGACCAACUCGGUCAAUUGAAUUUAAUUAGAGAAAAGUACUUGAUAACAAGCACGCAAUAUCCACCCGCCGAAAGGGUCAGUCUAAGAGACUUUGGCCGUAAUAUCGCGCGA